CCAAAAGAAAAUAAGUGUUCGAUCAUAGAGGUUGAAAAUGUCAGAAAUAGGUAGCUGCAGCAAUGAUCUGAAUGUCAGUAUUGUUCAACUUCUGAAUGAUUUUUGCUACACAGCCUCAGCAACUCCAUCAAUCUACAGAGUGGACGACUGCCUGCGCAACACAAAUGAGAAGGCGUAUGAUCCAAUGUUCAUCUCUAUAGGCCCGUUGCACCGAGGAAAAUCCAACCUCGAAGCCAUGGAGCUCCACAAAAUGAGGUACCUCAAGCAGCUACUAGGAGACUCAACUAGUGUUGAUAUCUACGUGGACGCUAUAAGGAACUUGGAGCAAAGUGCAAGGGAAUUCUACGCGCAAGAGAUUGGGCUCGAUGCAGACCAGUUUGUGAAAAUGCUGCUUCUUGAUGGCAUCUUCAUCAUUGAGUUCCUCUGCGAGUACAGACUUGUGGAUGGAGGGGAAGUAAAGAUGGACGGAAAUCCAAUCUUUGGAUCCCUAUAUGUUGUGAGUCAGCUCCUUCGUGAUCUAAUGCUGUUUGAGAAUCAAAUCCCUAUGUCUAUUGUAGAAGCCCUGUUCCGCCUCUCAAAUAAGGAUGAUAAGAAAGAGUUCAAAGAUCUAAUCUGGCCCUUGACAGGAUAUAGUAGAGGAGAUGUGCCUAAUGAUGCUAAUGCUAGGCAUCUCCUUGGCCUAGUUCAUUCUGUCAAAUGUUUCUCCUUUGCUCAACUUCGCUCGCAUGAGAAAUGUUGGACGCAGAAGAACAUAAACUCUGCCACGGAUCUUAGAGAAGCCGGCAUAGUCAUCAAGAAGAAGCCUUGGGUUAUGGGGAAAGAUUGUAGUUGGUUGGAUAUCACAUUCAAGAAAAGGACACUUUACAUUCCUGAGUUGAUGAUUACGGAUGAGACAGAGUCAUGGUUUAAAAACAUGAUUGCAUAUGAAUUCUAUCUCCCGAUUAGUAUCCCCAAGUAUGUAAGUGACUACUUGUUUUUCCUACACUGCCUGAUGAGCAGCUCCAAGGACGCAGAGGUGCUGCGACGCUGUGGGGUGAUCAGCAGCUGGUUGGGUGGGGAUGCUAGAGUUUAUGAAGUGAUAGACAGAUUGGGGACACAUGUGUUUAACUGGAGGUAUUUUUCUUAUGGGGGUGUUUUCGAAAGCAUAAACGACCACUGUGGGAGCAAGUGGAACAGGUUGAGGGCCAACCUCAAGAAUUCAGGGCCAGUAAUUUCUUUUAUUGCGUCUGUAGCUUUGAGGUUGUUAUAGUGGAAACCGUGUUUGUUGUUUCUCUUCUUUUGUUUUCAUUGGAAUUUGUUCACAUUAGCAACUAGGUCUCAUUGCAGAAGAACUCAUGUAUCAGAUGUCGAGUGUUUAUUGAUAAAAAUAUGUGUGUUUUGGGCUUC